GCAAGGCAAUCCAAAGACCCACACCAGUCCUCCCAAAAGAUCGUUUCUCUCUCAGCAGGAUGGCAGACACUCCUUGCAAACUGGGCCAUUUCCUGGAAAAGAAAGCCUCACGGGCUGCUGAGGAGCGCGGCAAGUGGGAGACCAAAAAAGAGUUCAUCUUGAGUGUGGCUGGUGCUAUUAUUGGACUUGGUAAUGUGUGGAGAUUUCCAUAUCUUUGCUACAAAAAUGGUGGGGGCGCAUUCUUCAUCCCUUACUUCCUCUUCCUCAUCACCUGCGGCGUUCCUCUGUUUGUCCUGGAAACAUCACUGGGCCAGUACACCAGUCAGGGAGGAAUCAUGUGCUGGAGAAAGAUCUGCCCCUUGUUUGAAGGUAUGGGAUAUGCCAGCCAGAUUAUCAUUUUCUAUGGAAACAUCAGCUAUGUUGUGAUCUUAGCGUGGGCAUUCCUCUACUUCUUCUUCUCGUUCUCCGGAAAGCUGCCAUGGGCCAGCUGCAAUAACACAUGGAAUACAGAUCGUUGUGUGGAAUUAGACAACUAUAAUACCACUGCUAACUGGACCUCAUCUGUGAAUGCGUCAUCGUCAUCUGUUAUAGAGUUUUGGCAGCGACGGGUGUUAAACAUUUCCACGGGCAUAGAGGCAAUCGGAAACAUUCGCUGGGACCUUUCAUUGUGCCUUUUUCUGUCCUGGGUCAUCUGCUACUUCUGUGUAUGGAAGGGAGUGAGAUCCACAGGGAAGGCUACAUACUUCACUGCCACAUUCCCUUUUGUUUUAUUGGUGGUGCUGUUCUUCAGAGGAAUGACACUUCCUGGAGCAUUGCAUGGUAUCAAGUACUACCUAUACCCUAAUCCUUCACGACUCGCUGACCCACAGGUCUGGAUGGAUGCUGGUACACAAAUAUUUUAUUCCUAUGCCAUUUGCUUGGGGUACAUGACCACAUUUGGAAGCUACAACAAAUACAACAACAACUGUUACAGAGACUCCUUCUAUCUUUGCUUGCUGAACAGUGGGACCAGCAUAGUGUCCGGAUUUGCAAUUUUCUCCGUUCUGGGCUACAUGUCAACAAAACAGGGAGUUGAUAUUUCUGCAGUUGCUGAAUCAGGUCCUGGACUCGUCUUCAUUGUCUAUCCUCAAGCCGUAACUCUUCUGCCGUGGCCUCAGGUCUGGUCUGUGUGCUUCUUCUUCAUGAUCAUCUUAUUGGGAAUUGAUGGACAGUUUGCAGGGCUUGAAAGCAACAUGACGUCUUUAACAGAUCUUUACCCUUCCUACCUCCGAAAGGGAUACCGCAGGGAGCUUCUUCUGUUGCUGUUCUGUAUUGUUAGCUCUUUGUUUGGCUUGUUUUUGGUCACAGAGGCUGGUGCAUACAUUCUGCAGAUCUUUGAUCAUUAUGUUUGUAGCGGCCCAACUCUCCUUCUAAUGGCAAUCUUCCAGUCAGUGAUCAUCGGAUGGAUUUAUGGUGCUGGGCGCUUUAGUGACAACAUCGAAGACAUGAUUGGUUACAAACCUCUGCCGCUGUUCAAAUACUGCUGGCUCUACAUCACCCCUCUUGUUUGCAGUGCAACUCUUGUAUUUUUGCUCCUGAAAUACACGCCAAUGAAGUUCAACAACACGUAUGUGUAUCCCUGGUGGACUUACUGGAUUGGCUGGUUUCUGGCCAUGUCAUCGCUGUCCAUGAUCCCAAUUACCAUGAUCUUCAAGCUGGCUAAAGAAAAAGGCUCUCUCUGGCAGCGAUUUAAGAAAACCUCCAAGCCUGCAGAUGACCUUCCAGGAAUGGCGGAAUAGCCCUAAAAUAAGAGUGUAAAGACACGAUAAACAUAUAGAGACCACAAUACAUAACGCCCACACCUAACUAUAUAUGCUUGCUGUCUUGCUCAGGCAUUUUGGAUAAUGCCUGAGCAAGAUAGGCUUAAUUACAUUAACAUGCACAUUGGGAGUAGAGAAGGACCUGCAAAAAUGAAUCAAAAUAUGGCAGUAUAGCACCUUUCUGCAGAGCUGUGAGGGUGUGUUCACAAUGUAUUCGUAUUGCAGAAUGCAACUAUCGUAAAACAAUAGAAAAAUAGCUUUUGUCUCAUUUGUUUGCAUUCAACUCUCCUUUUCCUGGAGGUAAAGUUUGAAUGUUGAGUUUACAGACUGUAGGAAUUAUAAAUUAGAGUACACCAACAAUUAAGUCUGUUUUUUUGAAUGUUUUUUUAAAUAAACAACACAAAAUCUAAAGACACAUUUGUAAGAAAAGUUAUUUUGUUAGUUGAGAGAGUGGGCCAUGAAAAACUUUCCAAAUCCUGCCUUUGCCAAAUAGCUUUUGGAGGAGGCAGUGUGAUAGUUUUUCAUAUUUUUAUUUGUGCUUCUCAGCCAACACAUAUAUUUUUAUUUCAAAUGAGUUAUUUAAAAAGAAAUAAACAAGCUGUAAAUGGGAUACAAUUUAGAAGAAUUGUUACAAGAACGAAAUAACUGACCAAACACAAAUUUUCUUAAUUUUGAGGAUAGUUUGUCUUGUGGAGGUUGUUUAGUUAAAAUAUGUGGCAUUUGUUAUUAUUUUAGAAAUGUUUCUUUUUAAAAUCAGUUAAUUUGUAUUUAGUAUUAAAUAUUUAAAGUAGAACUUGUGUAAAUAAAUAAUGAAAUGAAAUUAAAGAGGUUGAGUUAAGCAAUGAUUCAACAAUUGUACAAGAGAAAUAGAGUACAAUUAAGCUUCACAGCAACUCCAUCGUUGAGUGACCAACCUGAAUAAUAUAUGUAAUUUAUUGUGAUUUUUUUAAAACACAGGACCUCAAAAGUUACAGCAUUCCUCUAAAACAUACAAAAACUUAUUUUAUUUACCUUUUACAAAAGGUUCCAUCAACAAAACAUUGAUACUUCUUAUUGAGUAAAACUAAGCCUCUUUUUUGUUAUUUAAGCACACAGUUCUCAAAAUUAAUCACAUCUCUGUUUUCGCUUUACUUUUAAAGUUAGUCUUUGUUUCCUUUUACAGCCUGGAGAAUAAAUUUAAGUCUACAUAUUCCAAUAUGCAUUAGUCUUUUUGGUUCCUUAUUUUGCCUCAGAGGUUUUCUGUUGUGCAAGUCUUUAUCCUUCAUAUUUGACCAUGGGAACAUGCUUCUUGAGAUUAGGUGCUUAUGAUUUAAUUUAUCCAGCGAAACAAAGACUCAGGAUGGUCCAAUUUGGCUGCGGGGUAGCAAUUUACCACUAAAACAAUAUGUGGAACCUCAUACCAUUUUGUCAAAGGAAACUUUUUUGUCACAUAUAAAUUAGCCUUUGAUGUCUGCGAACUGUAAAGAGGGAAAUAUGUAUGAAUGUAAAGAACCAAAAACUGUGUAUGCACUGGUGAAGUAACCCUCCCCUUAACGUGUUAAGCUACGUGCUGACCCCCAAUUUCAAGUUUCAUUUGUAUAGCACAUUAAAGCAACAAGGCAACUUGCACUGAUUUUGUUUCCACUCUGCAGUAACUACGCACUGGUUAGUCAAUGAGAGCCUUUAUGGUGCCUUUAUUGUAUGUUAUAUUAUGUUUGAUGUUGCAAAAGGAGUCAGUAUGGGGAUCUUUGCAAAGUUUGUGGCUUACUGAGAAUCAGCAUCUUUAUGGGUGUAUUAAGAAAUGUUUUGGAGAUGUCUAGCAAUGACACAAACCCCAUACUGGUGUUUACCAACCCAAAGAAAAGCCAAAUAAUGGUGAUGUUAAAGCACACAUCACUACUCAGUACAAAUGCUUAUAGCUUUACAGUAACUUUAUCUCUUAAUGUACAGGAAGGGCAUUAAAGCUGUUUUAUAUUGUUGUAGUAUCACUAGUAUUUACAUCACAAUGCUGAAAUGUGUAAAGAAAAACAUUCAAAGUCAAAGCUAAUUAGAUUUUUCUGGAAAAGGCCAUUCUAAACUUAGAUUUGGGAAGAAAAUAGAUUUUAAUGACUUUGUGGUGCUAAAUUUGUGUAUUACAUUUGAGGAGAGCCAUAUCAGGCAUUUUAUUCUGAUUGUGGCCAAACCAAACUGUUAUGAUGUGAUUUUUAUCCAUUGGCAGGCAAGACAGUAUACUAUAAAGACAUUUUUGACCACUGCUAAUUUGAUAUGACUACUUAUAAUGGCUUUUAUCUGACUUUUUUUUUUACAUGAGAUAUACAUAUUUUAUGCACUAUAUGAACCAAGUAAACAUAUUUUACGACUUUUAAGAAGCUACAAAACAACUUUUACAGAGCCUUAUAUCUUUUUUGGCACAAAGUAUUUUUUAAAGUGUAAUAAAGCCUUUUCUCUGUAUGGCUGUAAAGUUGUACAA